AUGACGAUUGAAUAUACUGACAAUGCAAAAAGUGAUUUUUUUGGUUUGAAAAAUCAUAACCAAAAGAGUGGCAAAGCAAAAUACAAGUUAUCUGCUUGUCUUUUGCGGGUCUCUCGUUUGAGUGACUGGCUUUUGUUUGAAAGAAAAGCUACAAAUUUUCAGUCCUCUCAAACUGAAAUUCAUAAAUCACACACAGAACGUAAAUAUCCAUAUCCCAUUCCUUGUCAACCUCAAAACUCCGAUCAGCGGAUAAAAUCUACGGUGAGGUGGGUUAGCGGAAAAGUAUCUAGAAUCACACCCUUCCGUGACGUCCCUGUUCGCAAAUCCUCAUGGAUUCCCCAGAGGAAGAGCAAAAGAACUAGCCGUUUUGGUUGGGAAUUUGUCGAUUUGGAACCCCAUUUCUUUUCCCUCUCAAUGCAAAAUAAUCUCCAGCAAGUUGAAUUACUGGACUUACUUCUUGAAAUAUCAGUUCAAUUACAAAAAAUAGUUUGGGCCGCACGAUGCUCUCUUGGAAAAUAUAUGAACCCAUGGUUGAAGGUAAACCUUAUGUGUCGAGGUGUGGACCUUAGGUCAUCUAAGGUUUGUGAGCUGGGGCUGCUAAAUUAUAAAGCAAAUUAUGUGUUCUAUGCAUUUGAAAGUAAGAAGUAUCUAUGCCAUUAUGACUACUAUUGGGCUUCUGUAUUAAAGGUUGAAUAUAUAGAUCAUUCUAGGCAAGCGAGGCUGGCAGUGGCCGAGGCUCCAAAUGAAGCUCCCUCUUCUAACUGCAGACCCAAUUUUGGGGCUGCAUGGAUGGCCAAAGAUAAAUUUAAGGUGAAUGAAAUGUAUGAAUGCUGGUAUUCUUUGGGCAUUUCUAAAGUGAACAUAAAUCUUGAUGGUUUAUUUGAUUGCCAAGCAAAGGAGCUCUCUACUGUUGAAAAGCUUAGACGGUAUUCCAUUGUAUUCACAAGGAUAUUGAAGUCGUGGUUUAUGGCACGUCGUCAAUUGGGCUAUGGAGAUGGGAUUAAGGGAACUUCCUCAUUCUCCUAGUACCAUCCUAUUAAAGCGAGCCUGUUUAUUUGCGUUAUACGUCUCUAUCAUGAGUUGGGUCACCAUUCAAUAUAUAAAGAGGCUUGGCUUCCUCUAGAUUUUAUAGUUCCACUAUUAGGUGGCACUCAUUUUCUAUUAGUGCUAUUCGCCCCAAUGGCUCAUGAUUCUGUACUUUUCUUGUUGCCGUAUAUUCAGUACAAUAAAGUCAUGAGUAUAGGAAAAUUUUAACAGAACUUGUAUCGACACCAAUGUGGCAAACAUGAUUGGAUUGUUUUUUUCAUUUUUUCCAUCUUCUAAUGAUAUCGUGCCAUGUGUCGUUUGUAAGAUUUUUCUAUCGAAAAAUUUUGUACUUGUAGCAUUGUUCAUAUUUAAUAAUUGUAACAUUUUUUUGCCAGUGUAAAUAGCUUGUUGACUAGUA